ACGUUUUCCACUUGGAAGUACAACGUACUAGCUUUCAGUUUUCACUCACCGAUAUCAGUUGAACAUGUUUUCCCACAAAUUUAUCCCAAGUCUUCCAGACACAUGAAAGCCGCAAUAGUACGGAUACCAAUCGCAAUAUGUUUCAAAGCACUUAUGAAAAUGAACCGGAGUCGUGGGGAUAGUUGGAGAAAGAUGGCCGAGAUGCUUUUAUCCUUAUGUGCGAUCGACAAAGCCGAGGAUGUAGUACUUGAUUUUAUAAUGUUAAAGGUCUUCGGAGAGUAGUUGCAGCCGACCAACUAUAGGCACCAACAUAUAUAGAAUAUGGCUAACCGCAUCAAUAUUAAUCAAUGUUAUCUUUCUAAAAGACCCUCAUGUAAAAUUUACUUGCUUAAUUAUAUAAAUAUUUUUUGCUGUGUAAAGGCUAAACCGA